GAGAAUCUACAACUUCCUUUCUUCCAUAUCUUACCAAAGGUGACUUUGAAUCCCUUUAUACAAAAUUUACUCACCCGAAAAUCUUGUCUGCUUUUGAUUAUUUAAAUAAUCAUGCUGUUCCAAUAAAUAGUUACUUUGGUUUUAAUAAACCAAAAAUUAGAUUUAUUCUUGCUUUAGUAAUAGAUAAUAAUUAUUUUAAAGCUUUAGAAAAAUCUAUAAACAAAAAAGAGGAAUAG